AUGUCCGAACGUCCACAGCAAAAUCCCACGCCCUCUGUGGCCGUUCAGCAAAGUGAUAACAUUGCGCACGCUCUAGCGGGCGCUGGAGGAGGAGUUUUGUCGAUGAUUUUGACAUAUCCCCUCAUUACCCUAUCCACUAGAGCGCAGGUCGAGUCUAAGCGUGCGCACUCCACCAAUCUCGAUGCGAUUCGACGGAUCGUCCAGCGGGAGGGUAUCUCGGGACUCUACUCGGGCUUGGAGUCCGCUCUCUUCGGAAUCAGCGUCACUAAUUUCGUGUACUACUACUGGUAUGAGUGGACCCGGGCGGCUUUUGAGAAGGCCGCCAUUAAGGCGGGCCGUGCUUCGAAGAAGCUCACGACUGUGGAGUCCAUGAUUGCAGGAGCAAUCGCAGGUAGUGCCACCGUGCUGAUCACCAAUCCUAUCUGGGUAAUCAACACCCGCAUGACGGCUCGUAAGUCGGCGUCGGAGGAACAAAGUCUACCAGGAGCACCGAAAACCAAGGCGUCAACACUCAGUACUUUGAUGGAUCUUUUGCGACAGGAAGGUCCCAAGGCUCUGUUUGCCGGUGUUCUCCCGGCGUUAAUUCUGGUGAUUAACCCAAUUCUGCAAUACACUAUUUUUGAGCAGCUGAAGAAUAUGGUUGAGCGUCGCCGUCGGAUGACCCCCAAGGAUGCUUUUUAUCUGGGAGCAUUAGGCAAGAUUCUGGCCACUAGCAUUACCUACCCAUACAUCACGAUUAAAAGCCGGAUGCAUGUGGCCAGUAAGGAUGGUCCUAAGGAGAGUCUGAAUGGAAGCCUUAAGAGAAUUAUUCAGGAAGAGGGAUGGAAAGGUCUAUAUAAGGGCAUUGGCCCUAAGGUGACUCAAAGUGCGAUUACAGCUGCCUUCCUAUUCGCCUUUAAGGACGUGCUGUAUGAUACAAUGAUAACGUUGCGCAAGAAGGGCGCAAUUCGCAAGUAA